CCAUUGACGCCAUCAGGCCAAUAGCAUUAGCUUGCUUUUGCUUAACAAUACACCCGUAAACUACAUAAUCAAGUUCUGAAGUUCUGAGAUUCAUCAUUUAGAGCUCUAUAUUUUGUUGGUUCCAUCAAAUCGCUCAUCUUACGUAUUUUCUCUCCAAGACCGAUCUAGACUUUGCGUAAUCAUAAUAUAUCUCAAUUUUUUACUAUUUCAUGUGACGUUAGAUUCCACUUUAUCUGAAUUUGGUCAAAUAUGAUGUCCUUCGAAAUGAACGAUCGGAAGAAGAUUGGGCUAGGACUGACAGGGUUUGGAGCGUUCUUCUCAUUCCUGGGUAUAAUUUUCUUCUUCGACAAGGGACUAAUUGCAAUGGGCAAUAUCCUCUUCAUCUCAGGGGUGGCACUAACCAUUGGUCUCAAGUCAUCAAUGCAGUUCUUUAUGAAACGUAGUAAUUAUAAGGGAACCAUUUCAUUUGGUAUUGGCUUUUUCUUUGUUGUCAUUGGUUGGCCUAUACUGGGAAUGAUUCUUGAGGCCUAUGGAUUUGUCGUACUCUUUAGUGGUUUCUGGCCAACACUGGCAGUUUUCCUGCAAAAGAUACCUAUUGUAGGUUGGAUCUUCCAGCAGCCUUUUGUCAGAUCGUUCUUUGACCCCUACCGUGGAAAACGCGUUCCUGUUUAAUCCUGGUGGAAUGUUUCAAAUGAAUUUACACUGAUUAACCCACUUGCAAGAACUGUAAAGUACCGUUUUUCUAGAAUCUACAUUUAGAAAUGUGAUGGAUCAGUUCAGUUUGUUCUCCAACAUUGAGAUUGGCCUUUGUAGCACCCAAUGCAGUCGACCCUUCCUGGACCUUGCUUGAAUGAAAGAUGCUUCAUGCUCCGGGAUGCCAUUUCGGUCUUGUUGUAGUUCGAGGAUAUGUAUUAAACUAAUGCUGCAUUUUUUAUAUAAAAAAAAAUGUAUAAAAGAUUCAA